CCUGCACAAAAGCUGUCACAGCAUACCAGGAUCUCACUGACGCACUUAGGACGAGCUGGACAUCAAAGACUAAGACUAAGUUAAGAGUGUACAGGACCACGAACUUUCAUACAGUUUAAGAAAAGGACAACAUAAUGUGCGGAAUAUUUGCUUACCUGAAUUAUCAAGUGCCCCGCACGAGGAAGGAAAUCUUUGAGACCUUGGUGAAAGGACUCCAGAGGCUGGAAUACAGAGGAUAUGAUUCAGCUGGCAUUGCAGUGGAUGCUCCGGGCAAGGGCACGGGCAAGGACAGGGAUGCCAACAACAACAUCUGCCUCAUCAAAAAGAAGGGGAAAGUCAAGGCUCUGGACGAGGAGCUUUACAAGGGCAGCUCCAAGGACCUUGAGGAGGAGUUGGAGACCCACUUUGGUAUCGCUCACACCCGCUGGGCAACGCACGGAGAGCCCAGUCCCAUCAACAGCCAUCCUCACAGAUCGGAUAAAAACAACGAGUUUGUUGUGGUCCACAAUGGAAUCAUCACUAACUACAAGGAACUGAAGAAGUACCUGAAUUCCAAAGGUUACGAGUUUGAAUCGGAGACAGACACAGAGGUCAUCCCCAAACUGAUUAAAUAUGUCUACGACAACAGGGAGAGGGAAGACAUGUCCUUUACAACGCUCGUUGAGCGAGUUAUUCAACAGCUGGAAGGCGCCUUUGCUCUUGUCUUCAAAAGCAGCCGCUAUCCAGGGCAGGCUGUGGCCACCAGGAGGGGAAGCCCUCUGCUGAUUGGAGUGCGGAGCCAGUUUGCGUUGCCCUCUGAGAACAUCCCCAUCCAGUACAACAGCGCUCCAUACUUGUCUGUACUGCAUGACUGUGGGCCCGAGGCCCUCGGGGGCCCUGAGAGUCAGAGUGAGGUCGAGCCCAUAGGACGCAUCUCAGAUGGAGUUCAGGAGAGGAACAACUGGAACAAGACAGAGGCUGGUGGAGUGGAGCAGCAGGAGGUUGUGGACGCCAAGGCCGUGGAAUACUACUUCGCCUCAGAUGCCAGCGCCAUCAUUGAGCACACCAACAGAGUGAUCUACCUGGAGGAUGAUGACAUCGCGGCGGUGGCCAAGGGCAAGCUGUCUCUGCACCGCGUGAGCCGGCGGACCGGAGAGGAUCCUUCCCGAGUCAUCCAGACCCUGCAGAUGGAGAUGCAACAGAUCAUGAAAGGUAACUUCGACGCCUUCAUGCAGAAGGAGAUCUUUGAGCAGCCGGAGUCCGUGGUGAACACCAUGAGGGGGCGGAUCUGUCCUGAGACCGGGAAAGUGAUCCUGGGCGGCCUGAAGGACCACAUGAAGGAGAUCAAGCGCUGCAGGAGGCUCAUCAUGAUCGGCUGUGGCACCAGCUUUCAUGCAGCUGUGGCGACCAGGCAGAUCUUGGAGGAGCUGACAGAACUGCCAGUAAUGGUGGAGCUAGCCAGUGACUUUCUGGACCGAUACACACCUGUCUUCAGGGAUGAUGUCUGCUUCUUCAUCAGCCAAUCAGGUGAGACAGCAGACACCCUGAUGGCACUACGGUACUGUAAGGAGAGAGGAGCUUUAACGGUGGGCAUUACCAACACGGUGGGCAGCUCAAUCUCACGAGACACAGACUGCGGUGUGCACAUCAACGCCGGGCCAGAGAUCGGCGUGGCCAGCACAAAGGCAUAUACCAGUCAGUUUGUGGCCCUCACCAUGUUUGGCCUGAUGACGAGUGAGGACAGGAUCUCCAUGCAGAAGAGACGAGAGGAGAUCAUCGCUGGGCUCCGAAAUCUUUCUGAUCUGAUAAAGAAAGUCCUGGAGCUGGAUGGGAAGAUCAAGUCCAUUGCACAGGAACUCUACCAGCAAAAAUCACUGCUGGUCAUGGGUCGCGGUUUCAACUACGCCACCUGCCUAGAGGGGGCACUGAAAAUCAAGGAGAUCACGUACAUGCACUCAGAAGGCAUCCUAGCAGGGGAGCUGAAGCACGGGCCCCUGGCUCUGAUCGACAAGCACAUGCCUGUCAUCAUGCUCAUCAUGAGGGACGCCUGUUACACCAAGUGCCAAAAUGCCUUACAGCAGGUCACGGCUAGACAGGGACGACCAAUCAUCAUCUGCUCGGAGCAAGACGCCGACACCAUGAAGUACGCCUAUCAGACCAUUGAGCUGCCCCACACAGUGGACUGUCUGCAGGGCAUCCUCAGCGUCAUCCCCCUGCAGCUCCUGUCCUUCCACCUGGCGGUUCUCCGGGGAUAUGAUGUGGACUGUCCACGGAAUCUGGCCAAAUCUGUCACUGUGGAGUAAGAAGAGCACACAAGGGAGGGACAGGGAGAAGUUUUCCAGUACAUCGUGCAAUUAACUGUGUGUGUGUGUGGGUGUGUGUGUGUGUGUGUGUGUGUGUGUGA